AUGGGCCUUCAACAAGUAUGGCUUUCCUACAAUCAACUAUUUAACCUCUUCUUCUUCUUUCUCUUCCUUUGCCAAAUCACUUGUUUGCAUGCCCAACUAUGCACUCAAGAACAGAACUCUGCGCUGUUGCAACUGAAAGGAAGCUUUUCCUUGGAUAAAUCUGCAUCUUGGUAUUGUAAUAUCAAUGGAAGCACUUCUUUUCCAAAGAUGGAGUCUUGGAAAAAGGGUUCUGAUUGUUGUUCGUGGGUUGGGGUCGAUUGUGACAACAAGACGGGUCAUGUAAUUGGACUCGAUCUCAGCUGCAGCUGGCUCAAAGGUACCAUCCGCCCUAAUAGCAGCCUCUUCCUCUCCUUUCCCCACCUUCGAAACCUCAACCUCGCUCAUAAUGACUUUUCCAUGUCUCCCAUCUCACCUGAAUUCACUUGGUUCACCGAAUUGAAGCACCUCAAUCUCUCUGACUCUGGUUUUUCGGGCAAAGUCCCAAUAGAAUUCUCCUUCCUAAACAAACUGGUGUCACUUGAUCUCUCUACAAAUGAUUAUUUGAGAUUGGAAGAAGGCGGAUUUGAGUUACUCAUUCAAAAUUUAUCCAAGCUAAGAGAUCUUGAUCUUGGGCAUGUAAACAUGUCUUCUUCAGUGGUUCCGAAUUCCUUGCUCAAUUGUACUGCUUUAAGAACCAUCCGUCUCACAUCCUCUGGUUUACAUGCAAAUUUCCCUAGCGGAAUAUUUCAUUUACCUCAUCUACGGGUGCUGGAUAUAGGGUUUAAUAAUGCUCUCACAGGUUAUUUACCCGAUUUCAUGAAUUUGAGUUAUCCUCUCUCAAUCUUAAUUCUCUCACACACAGGUUUUUCUGGAGAAUUGCCCAACUCGAUUGCUAAUCUGAAGUCAUUGGAGGUAUUGUCACUCUCUACUUGCCAAUUUCAUGGGUCCCUUCCUACUUCUCUCUGGAACCUUACACAAAUCAGUGUUUUAGAGCUCCAAUCCAACAAUUUCAGCGGUAUCCUCCCAUCUUCAAUUUCAAACCUUAGAAAUAUCUCUUACUUAUACCUUUCAAACAAUAAUUUCACAGGUCCCUUCUUUUCAUGGGAUGCAAACUUGACAGAACUUUUCAUCUUAGAUGUGUCAAAUAAUAGUCUCACUGGUCCUCUUCCUUCACAAGUAAUUGUACCUCCAAAGCUAUGCUUUUUGAGCAUCUGCCGAAACUUAAUCAACGGUACAAUCCCAUCUUGGGUCUUCAAAUUACCCGCACUCAAGUACUUAGAUCUCAGCUAUAACUUACUAAUUGGUCAUACACUUGAGUUUCUAUCUGCAUCCUUAUGGAUUAUUGAUUUGAGCAAUAACAACCUACAUGGUACGGUUCCAAAUUCAACCUUUGAACUACGAAAGCUUACCCACCUGAUUCUUUCUUCAAAUAGCUUUUCCGGCACCAUUCCUGAAUCAAAUAGAUUGAACGAAAAUCUCAUUAUGCUCGAACUACAUAAUAAUAGCUUCUCUGGCACUAUUCAUGAUUCAUUUUCCAUGAGAAGUCGCUUGAAAACUGUCAAUCUUAAUGACAAUGGGUUUGAAGGCCCAAUACCAAAGUCUUUGGUUAAUUGUAAAAACCUUGAAGUGCUAGAUCUCGGAAGAAACAAGUUAGUUGACAAAUUUCCGCAUUGGUUGGGAAAUUUACCGAACUUGCAAGUCCUAAUCUUGCGAUCUAUAACAUAUUCUAUGGAUCCAUCCUGA